CCGCGCGCCGCCGGCUCGUUGUAUCGUGUCUCUGGCGGGUUAACAAAUAAUAACAUACCCUUGCAAUAUUGUCAAAACAAUUGCAAUUUGAAUAACUGAUUUUAUACACAAUGCAUAUGAAGUUAGGCUAGAUAAGGAGACGUCUUGAAGAUGCAUACAUUAGUGAUAUUGCUGCUUGCAGCGGCAGUUGCAGCUGAUGAAGUUACCGACCCAAACAGCCUUCUAGAUCCGGCUCCAGAGCCGGUGGUCAUUGAAGGAGAGUACACGGUGUAUGUGGGCACAUGGACAGAAUGUAGUACUGGCGACGGAGAUCAAGCUAAGUCUUUCGACAGAUAUAACGCUCGUCUGGAAUCCGAUUCUCUGGUGCACACUCCACGUCUGGGACUUCAGAGACGUCAAGUGCAAUGUCGGAGAAAAGAUGGCAGAUUUGUAGAAGCUCUGUACUGCGGGAUUGCCAUAGCAAACAUCGGCACAACUCGCGUGUGCGUGAUGCGUGAGGACUGUUCCUUGGCUGAGUGGUUGCCAUGGCGACCAAGAUCUGAUGGAGCUCUAGUAAGAACAAGACGUUUACGAAGACUGUCACAAGGCGGAGGCAAAGAAUGCGACGUGGUUGAAGAAGUACGACCUACUGUUUUGGAGACUACGGCACAUUGGACUCCGGGUCCUUGGGGACCAUGCCGUGUUGCUGUGGAACAAGCGGCCACUGCUGCACCAACUGAUGAUGACGAUGACGCGGAUGACAAUGACGCGAUUUACGACGAGGAUGACGAGAGUGACGAAAGCGAGCAGUCAAGCUGUGGGGGCGGAGUGCAGCGACGUGCUGCGACCUGCGUCCGGGCAGACGGGCGAGCGUUGCACGACGCGCAGUGUGCUCAUGCAGUUAUGCCCACACUCGUGCAACCUUGCGAGGUACCUUGCCCACGUGAUUGUGAAGUUGGAGAAUGGAGUGAAUGGGGUGCCUGUCAGCCUACUGACGGAUGUCCUCUUUACCCAGUACAACAACUCACAACUACUGGGUACAGCGUACGUCGUCGAAGAGUAACAGCAGCAGCAUCCGGUGGAGGGGCGCCAUGUCCUCCUCUAGAAGAAAAACGCACUUGCACUACACCAAGAUGUGCUGCGUGGAAAGCACUGCCGUGGGGCCCCUGUGUAUUGACUCAACCCCAUACUAGUUGCGGACCAGGCCGACGUACCAGAGAACUUAGAUGCAUGGGACACGAUGGAAAGGAAGCUCAACGAGCGUGGUGUAACACUGGCGCUCCACCACGCAGUGAACGAUGUCGUAUCGCUUGUCCGGGAGACUGUGUAGUGUCUGCAUGGGCGGAGUGGUCACCUUGUUCAGCGAGUUGCGUCGCCCCCGGACAUGCACGACCCACGCGUACUAGACGCAGACAUAUACUUGCCCACGCUGCACCAAAUGGCUGGCCCUGCCCAUCUGAAGACCAACUGAUUCAAAACGAGACAUGCAACACCCACGCUUGUGCCACUUAUUCCUGGCUUGCAACGCCUUGGGGACCUUGUGAGCGUCGCCGGCAAGAUUUCAUACCGGCUACCAAUUACACAGAUCUUCUGGAUAAUGAACCGUUCAAUGAAAGCGAUGACGAAGAACCUUGUAUUGAAGAAGGUGAAAUGAGCAGAGACGUUAUGUGUGUUCAGAAUAAUGCUGACGUUGUCAGAGAAGCUCUAUGUGCUCCAUUACGUCGCCCAGCGUCCCGUCGGGCGUGUACUGUAAGAUGUCGUCGAGGUUGCAGGGUUGAAGCUUGGAUGCCCUGGUCUCCAUGUCCUGAUACUUGUGACCCUGGUAAGCAGGUCCGCGUUCGCACCGUCCGAGGUGGUCCGAACUGCGGUCCGUUGCAGGAGACACGCGACUGUCCCGUUUCGAGGUCGUGUCGUUCCCGUGAGGCUGUCUGGGUCGCCGGGGAGUGGAGUACCUGUAGAUUACCGCCAGGACAACGCUGUGGAGUUGGCUAUAGGAUUAGAAGUAUCUGGUGCGGCUCGGACUCUCACCGCGUCGAGGCCGGCGCAUGUGCUGGUGCCCGGGUGCCGCCCGCUGCAGCAGCCUGCAGCGUCACAUGCGACACCAUCGUACCACUCACUUGUGAUAUCAUAUGUUCAGAUCCCCUAAAAUACUUGGAUGCCUCUGACCCCGACGUACCCUCAUGCGUCUGCAAGAAUGUCUCAUUGGAACUGUUACCCGCUGAUUCAGACUGUAUUCUUCCACCUGGAAUUGAAUGCGGUGAAGGGAGAUCACUGCGGGCAGCUCGUUGUUUAGUUGGAAGACGUGAUGUACCCAUGGAUGUUUGUAGAAAAUACCAUCCCCUUACAGGACCACGUCGCGUUCGUGAAGCAGCAACAGACGGCUUCACAUAUGAUGAGGAAUUCACAUCUUUAUUACGCGGUGCAUGUAGCGUGCGGUGUGCGAGGGACUGUGCGGUCGGGGCGUGGGCUGCCUGGGGACCGUGUGCUGCUGAGCCGGGUUCCAGAGCUGCUUUCAGGUUCCGCACCAGGGAAGUAAUAGAGGAAGGUUCGGCUGGUGGUCGUGAAUGUGGCGCCACAUUGCAGCGCUCUACGUGCGUUGUGACUGAGCCACGAUGGAUACUGGGCGAGUGGUCUGUGUGCGCUCCGAGACGAGCUCUGUGUGGACGAGCCAUUAUCAAUAGGACUGUUAUGUGCAUAGAUGCGGAUGGGAAUAAAUUGGAGGACACACAGUGUGAGGCGGCCGGCGCUGGUCCUGCGCCCUCUCGCGAUGCGACAUGUCGGGCUCCGUGCCCUUCUGACUGUGUUGUCAGCUCUUGGUCAGACUGGAGUCCAUGUGAACAGACGAAAUGGGGCGGUCGUCGUGAUAGGACUCGUGUGGUUCUCCGCGCGGCUGCUGAGGGCGGGACUGCCUGCCCUCACCUGGUGGCUGCGGAGCCUUGUUCACCACACGCCUACUCCUGGCACGUGGCACCCUGGGAUGACUGUCAACCGCUGGGUGGGUCUCCGUGUGGGGAAGGAACAAAAAGAAGAGCUGUACGUUGCCUUCGCAGCGAUGGUGUUUUCGUAAAUGAUUCAUUCUGUCCGAACGCAACGGCAUCCGAGGCUCGGGAGUCAUGGUGCUACGUUCCAUGUGGCGUAGACUGUGAGGUUGGAGAGUGGGGACCUUGGGACGCCUCCGCCUGCUCCUGUGGGGACGCAGUCACAGCACGCCACAUGAGACGGAUACGUCAACACUUGACGGCGGCUGUAUGGCCGGGUCGCGCGUGCCCUCCCACUGAGCAACGAGCUCCCUGCCCGCGAGAACCAUGCUUGAGACUCGUCGCUAGACCGCUAUUAGGAUGUCAUGUACAAACGUCAUCAGGAGAAGAAGCUGAUAAUGCAUGCGGAUGGGGAGUGAAGUUAUCUCAUGCAAGAUGUGAACUGACUAGCAUCAACGAUGAACCGUCAUCAGGAGCCUUCUUACAACCCUGGAGAUGUGCCUCCGCUCUACCGGGACGCAUCGUUACACCGCCAAUGCAUCAUCAGGAGGACGAGGAGUGUGAAGUCGAGUGUGGAUGCCAGGAAUCUGAGCUGGGGCAGCCGGGUCCGUGGGGCGCUUGGGGCGGCUGCCGUGGUGGGGCACGUUCGAGGACACGUACACUACUGGUACCACCCCGAAGAGCCUGCAGAACAUCCUCCAGAUACAUAACAAUCGAGUGGUCCAACUGCACGGAGGAGGCUUCGGAGGUGACAGCUGGUGGUGACGGAACGCGAGGCGCCUGGCUUUCAGAACACUACCAUGACGGAUAUAUAGAGGGAAGUACUUCAGUGUUGGCGGUAGUGUGGACUGCGACCAUAAUACUCAGCUUGUAUGGCGCGUUCAUGCUCUAUCGUGGACUUCUAAGAUGCAUCAGAAGCAGAAAAAUGAAGAGCAUCACUAAAGUGUAAACAGCUGGAAAAUGUUUGCAUUCAGUUGUAAAGAGAAAGUGUUUCGGAGUUAUCUUGGAUUAGACUUGGAUUAUGUUACAUUCUCCAAUUUGACAUUCCAUUGUUGUUUCGUUUCUGUUGUUUUGUUGUCGCUGUUGUUUGAUGAUUAAGUUUUGUUUCCACGUGUUUAGCGAUGUGUGACAUCAAUUAUAAUAAAAGUUUCUGCUCAUUUAUCGUUCCUUCUUAUAUAAUUGAAUCUGUAACCGUAUCAUAUCAUAGUAUUAACUAUCGUAAUCGGUGUUCUAGUACUUCAACAUCACAGCCAGCAAACAGUCUGUCCGCAAGAGUGCUUCCAUGUUUUUACGACGUAUAUGAAAAUGCUAAUUUAGACGAUUUAUAUGUCACCGUACAUUUAGCCAUGAUUUGUACGGGCUUUCGGUUUGACAAUAUUAAGAGCUGUAGCUACGAAGGUGGCUUAGGAGUUGUCGUACUUAGCUUAGAAUUGAGGGUAAGGUUGCGUUUAUAUCAGAGUUGUGCGAGGAUGAGCUGACAGAUUUACAUUUGAAGGUAUACUUUAUUCCGAAAGUAUUGAAUUUAUUAUUAUUACUUUCAAAAUAAAGUAAACCGUUCGUCUGGCUACAACUACCUCGCAUUUCUUUAAUAGAAACAAAGCCUUAAGCGUUAUUAGAAUGAUAAAACUUCGGACGUUGACUGGUUUCCCGUUAAAACGUGUGCAUAAAUCUAUUCUACUUAUAUUACGAAAGAGACUUGUGACAAUUAUUUUGAUAUGGUGUUUAAAGUGUAUUAUUUUGUUUUUGUUAUUUAAAAGGAAAUUAAAUUUUGAUACUACAUUUGCUAUAGUAAUAAACAAAGAAUUUUUUGCACCAAUAUUUAUUCUUUAAAGCCUUUGGAUUUUUUUAUUUACAACAUUUAUUUGUUUUGAUAUUAUGUUAUAAGACGAUUUUGUUUCGAAAGAAUAGAAGAACUGUCGGAUAUGAACGCAAGGCUAAUAAGUAGCGACCAAAUAGACGAGACACAUCAUAUCACAUAUCAAUAUAUCUCUUCGUAGUUCAACUGCUGUGGUUCUUCUCUAGCCCACAGCAGGCGGUAUACUAACAACGCUUGAAAGUCAUCUGAAACUCUUAGAGCUUUGGCGCACAAAACUAAACAUUAUUAUAGAUUUUAAGCGCUAACAUAACCCAUGAUAUUUGAUUGUAAUCAUGUAUAACACGUUUAGUAGAUUUUGCAUUUAAGCCAUGUAUCGUGUCAAGUAUAUAGGUGAGUGUGUUCUUUCUUGCGUACUACUACUUUCUUGCGUAGUGUUUCUUUAAACUCUCUUCAUAAACAAUCACAUUUAUAGUUUAGUUUCUAUACUAUUUAUAAUUGAUUGCUAUUUUUCUUACUCAUAUUUACAUCUACACCUUGUUCCUUCAUGACAAUAUAGAAUUAAAUCUUUUAUAUUCUAUGACUAUAUUGUAACUUUUUAUUGUAACUGCUAAUAUCUGUACUUCUUAUUUCGUUCGUGUAUGUUUAGCACGAGUUUGCGUCACACUGCGUAUGAAGCGUCUAACGUUUGACAUUCCAAAAACGUCGUUAAUAAUACAGCGAGAGGAUUUACGAAUGGAGACCUUUCACGCGCGGUAAGCAGUGUGAUGUAAGCUUGGAGUAAGCGUAUCGUCUUCUUCAUCUGUACCUACGUUCUUACGAUGUGUAACCGUAUUAUAAUUAUGUCAGUAUAUUAUGAUAUUGAUGUGAAACAUGAUAGUUAAGGAAUCGUGUUAGACAAUACCAUAUUUGAUAUUUAAUAAAAUUUGAUUGUGUUUUACAUA